UCUGGUCGCAUCGCAUCGCAACGUAUCGGCUUGGCGAGACUGUGUUUAGGUCUGGGUUUUUAUAAAUACAAGUGUUGGCCGCACAACGCCAAAGAUUCGUUUGUUGAACGUGCAACGCGCGCGAUCGUAGCUCGGUUCGUAGUUCGUCUUUAAGUCUUUGCGGCUCGCCAAUUUCAAGUGGCAGCCAAGCAGGAAAACGCUGGCAAUGGUUAAUACAGCGAGGAAAACAGUUUGCAAAUCUUGACAAGGAAACGAAAGAAAAUUACAACAAGAAAAAAGCAACCAAACAAAGCAAAAGUGUUGACUGUGAAAGUAAACGAACGAACCGAGAAACUAGAUAUUGAAUUACUAGUCCCCGCUGCUCUCCAUAUUGUGGUGCAAAUUUUUGGGUGCCAACACAAAAUGAGAGCUCAAAUAUUGGCCUUAACGCUCCUGCUGGGCGUGUUCAGCGCCCAAGCACUCGAUGCCAAAGCGAAAAGCUCUGAGGCAACAUCGCCAGCCCUAGAAACGGAGGCGUCCAAAGACAAACGUCAAGUGGGGCACAAAGAGACCGCCAAUUAUCCGAACCAUCGCAACGAUGCGGCCAACGACGAUCCCGAGGAUGGACAAGAGACGAUCUAUGGGGCGAAACCGAACCAGUUCAUCAUAAGACCCAUAGCGCCGCAUCAGCAUCAGCAGCACGAAUCGCAUCAGGAACCGCAGUUGCGGAAUUUUGCGGCAGCAAACUCUAGACCUCAUGCUGCGCAGCUGCUCGAACAGAGUCAAGAGAUCCAACAUUAUGUUUAUCUGCAAGACAUUAUGCGACAUCAUCAACCGAAGGCGGCUGUUGGGGCAGGUCAAGGCAAAAGCUCAACGGCGGCCGCGAAAAAGGCGGCCACAGAGAAUGCCGCGUCGGGUGUGGAGGAGGCGGAGCAGCGUUAUGCUGUCGCCAUACAGCCACGCCCAUAUGGCGGUCAACCAUAUCAGCUGCCCUUGCCGUUGCCCGCGCCACAGCAUCAGCAACAUCCCCAGCAUCAGCAACAUCCCCAGCAACAACAGCACCCACAGCAGCAACAACAACAGCCCUAUCAGAUCAUACCAGAGGAGCAGUUUCUGAAGCUGCUCGAGGAGGAGCUGCAUGCGCGCGCCUUCCAUGAGGCACAGCUUAGGCAACACCAGCAGCAACAAAACCAGCAGCAACACCAGCAGCAGCAACAACAACCUAGGAGUCCAGUUGUUCACAGCACUGCGGCAACCCACAAGGUACUGCAGCAGGCACAGCCAGGCCUCGGACUGGGCAACUAUCGUGAGCGUAACGUUGUGGCGGAACAGGAGCUGGUUACACCACAAUAUCUGCACUAUUCCCGAGGCGGACCAAAGUAUUUGCCGCGUCCUCAGCCGCCACCAAGCGCACAGGAGGAGGAGGAACCAUUGCCCUCCCCGCUGCCACAGCAGCAAAGGCAACAACCUCCCCACCAUCAUCCCCAUCCACAUCAAGUCCAUUCCCAUCAGCCACAGCAACAACUGAUUGACGCUUUGCCGCCACAGAUCGCUUACUAUCAGCCACAGAUUAGCUACAAGACGCUGCCAAAUCAUCCGCUGGCCAAAUCCUCGCUGGAGAGCGAAAUUGAGAAACUCUUGGCUGCUAAUAAGCAUUCCGCGCUGGAGUUCGUGGACAGCAGCAAUGAGCCUACGCUGGUCAGUCAUCAGCAACAUCAACGAGCUUCCCCAGCACCGCCUCCAUCGCCAGUUCCAUCAGCUCCCCCGUCGCCAGCAACCCAUCCAGCACUGCGUCAUCCCAAGGCCUAUAUAUCGAGCAGCACGCCCAACUCCUUGCUGGAUGCCAACAAUCAACCGUUCAUACCUUCGCUGUUCAAGUUCAGCAACUACCAGCAGCCCACACCCAUCUACCCCACUCAGGUGCCCAGCCAUUUGGUAGAGGGCAAGAAACUGGGUCCGGUUGUGUAUCCGCCACCCACAGCCGCCACUCUGCCUCACCAACAGGCUUCCCAGCAGCCAUCGCAGUACUAUUACCAACAGGAGGCAGCCACGCCCACAGCCCCUAAGCCCAAGCAUUAUCGUUCCAAGCACUAUGGCCAUAAGCUGACCGUGCCGGCGCCCAGUAAAUCGUAUGAGAAGACAGCCCUCAUCUAUGACUACGAUCGUCCACAGCCGCCAACCAACUUCUAUCCCAGUCCGCCAGAUCCAAUUAAGCACGGAGGUCCGCGUACCACGCCUGCAGCCGUGACACCGCCAACAGAUUAUCCGCAAUAUGUGCUGCCACCAUCGCCAUCGCUAGCCCCUUCGCCAUCGCAGUCCAGCAUUUAUGUGUCGCAGGGCACUGGCAUUGCCACGCCCUCCCGAUCCGCCCACAAGCUGCGCACUGUGGACGAUGUGAAGCAACUAAAUCUUCCGCCCCCCAAUGGCAAGCCUCUGACACAGGCCGAGUUCCAGGCGCUGGUCGAUGCCGGCUAUCCCGUCAAGGCAGUGCCUGUACCCGUGCCUGUACCCUACGAGCAAUACGUGAAGGAUCAUCCCGAAUACCGCAAUCAUCCGCCCGUAGAUUAUGCGCAUCUGAUGCGUCUGGCCACGCGCCAAUUAUCCACCACGCAUCAGCGUUCGUUGGCAGCUCCUUCGGAGCCGUCUGUGAAAAUAAUAUCCUCGCCCUCGGAGCCACAGCAGCAGACCGCGUCAGCCAUAGGUGGUGGCAGUGUCACAUAUUUGCAACCCAUUGAGGGCGUGUCCAAGCGACGACCGCGUGAUGAAAAGGAUACGGCCGUAGCGGGCAGCAGCACAGCGCAGACGAAGAAGGAGGCGAAAGUGGAAGCGAGUGAUGAUAAUCAGGGGGUGGCUUAG